AUGACGGAUGAUGGAGUUGCGUACUUCGUGCCCUAUGCUGCUGAUCACAUCGGCGUGUUCGACACCAAAACUGACGAUUUCAGAAAGAUUGAUGUCAGCGACUCGUCGUCCUCCGACUACAAGUACAGCAAUGCCAUCUACUUGGCUGGCAUCGCAUACUUCAUCCCCAGCUCUGCAAACAACAUAG